AUGUCUGACUUCCAGUACAAUUUCCCCAAGUUGGUGUAUCUGAGCCGUGGCGCGCAGCUCAUUCUCACAUUGAUUGAGGUAAAUUCGGCUGGUGAAAAAAAUAAAUAGUUAUUCCAUUUAUUUUUUGACCUCCGUCCAAAUGUAGGGUCGCGUUCAAAUUCGAAGCUGUCUCAGCAAUGUAGUCAAUUUUCCUUUGAAAAAAGCGAUGGACGCAAGUUUUCUGUGGUGGCUUCGUGCGAUCGCGACGCAGCUUCUGGCGGGAAAUACGAAUUCAAACUUGAGCGAAGAAAUCACUAGGGAAACUGCAACUUUCCGUAUUUUUUUUCCAACAACUAAAGUUAAAAAAAGAAAAUAAAAUUACUGAAAGAAUAUUAGAAAAAGAAAAAAAUUUAUUUUUUGCCAGAAGCUGCCGGCGAUCGCAGCAAGUCCCUCCGGAAUAAGUUUCUUAGUCGCUUUGGAGUUGGAAAAAAAUUGACUUCAUCUCUCGUUUCAGUCAUAUACUGUGGUUGAUGUAGCCCAGAUUUUAAAGGGCUGAACCGAAAAUGGGCUUUGAUUAACUAGUUGUCGGAAUGUGUAAUCACAAAAGUUAAGGAUUUUUCGUCGUGUUUUUCUGUACUACACCUACGUUAAAAAGAAUGGAUGGUGAAAUUUUGCUAAAAGCUGUGAGGGACUCCAGAAUUUAGAAGCUCCACAGACAAAAAAAAAUAACGUUUAGAAACUAAUCAAGAAUUCUUACUGAACUUCACUAAAACGAGUUUCAAAACCGUCGUUCAGGCGCUGAUUCUGUUCUCAGGAAGUCUUAAUCUGUCUUCCAUCGCCACUAUCCUCUUCCUAGCGGUGCUGAUCGUCGAUCUUUACAUCUUGAUAGAAAGAAUGUUAGUAAAAAAGCAUAGCUUUUUUCAGUUCCUGGUUGAUCUUUUAUUCGAACUUUGCUGGAAGGUUCUUUAAAAUCCCCUAAUUCCGAGAAAAAAAAAAUCUUGUGAGGGUUCUUGUUUCCGAGUUCUGACGCUAUCAAGUUUUCAAAAAACAACUGUUCUAAUAUCAGAACUUGAAGGAAUAUGUAAAGUGAGAAACUUUUUCUGGUUCUACCGUAACUUCCAGCCAAGUUCCACUAAAGUUCAAAUAGAGGAUAAAGAAAUUCCCCUGUCGGGUGUUAAUUCAAAACUUUUCCUCAGCUCAAACAAUACCGACGGCCGUUAUGACUUACGGCAGAUCAACGUUGUCAACUCAAUGGAUCUGCGAAUACGCUAUAUCAUUGGCAAGCCUAGUUUUCGAGAUGCAACUUUAAAGUUUCAGUGGUUUUCUACCCUGUCGUUGCCGCCGUCUUCCUCUACUUCAGCGUCUAUAAUAGCCGUCUGUUCUCGACGUGCGCCUUUGCCCAUUCUUCGGCCGCCGUUUUCCUGCUGCUCGUCGAGUUCUACGAAGUCCUUUAUCGUUCUAGAACCUAUCACUCGCAAUCCAUUUGA